AUGGCCUCCACAGCAAUGUUCGAAUCUUUCCAACCUCCAUAUCUACCUGACAAUUCAUCCGCCUCUUCGAAUGCUUCGACACAGCUCGAGGUAAUAUCCCAAAAUCCAGUACUAGAAAAUACCGAUGUGGUAACCCAUAAAUCAGGGGCAAAUACUCGCCGGUCUUCACAAUCCACCAAUAUACUCUUGUCAGACAACGAAGAUCAACAUCGUGGUCUCUCAGCUACUAGAGAAGUUACUUCUAUCAUGACCAAUACCAAUUUUAUUCCGGGCACAUUAACAAAAAAUGUCGAUGUCGGAACUGGUAAAUUAAUUCACAAGCCUUCAAAAAUUUCGGACAAUCGCUCAAAUACCCCAGCCAUUGUCAUUUCCCUUCUGGACUCACCAACAGAUUCGGGUGAUAAUGAGAUACCAUCUGUAAAUGAUCCAACAGUCGAAAACACCAUAACAGAAACAACCAAUACUUCUAAAUUUACCUCGUCUGGUACGAUAAUUCAUAAUCGCCUGAAUGCCUUCGUUAAUCAAAAUUCAUCGACCAAUCUUAUUACCGAGGAGACUUCUGGAGAUCUAGACUUGUCUAUGGUAGUUGAGAAUCCUACAGAUUAUGAGCCAACAAUCCUAGGAACGCUCAAUUCCAUUAGACGAAAACCAUUGCGAGUAAUGAGAUGUGAACACGAAGAGUUGGCGAUACUGCGCGAGGUUAAAAAGGAUAACAAAAAUAAAGGACGAAAGUUUUUCUCUUGCCCGAGGUAUGAAACUGGAGAACAAUGUAAUUAUUUUCGCUGGGAAGAAGCACAAUAUCUUCCACCAAGAUUACCAUCGCACCGGGAGGAUUACGUCCCAACACAUCAGCGUGUAUCACGUGACACAAAUCCUGCCACGCUGUUAUCAUCUGAUCGUCCAGCCACCGCAUCUCGAUCUCGAUCACAAACCAUUCCAAUACCAUCCCACGAGGUGUCAGUAGUAAUCGAGAGGUUGCCAAAUCAUAAAGCAACAACAAAUCAAAAUCAACAGGAAGCUUCCGUGCAACAAACCAAGGCAUCAAAUAACGACUUAUUGGAAUUGACAGCAGAAGAUAUGGACCCUUCAUGGUUUUUAGGUGUAAUUGAAGAGGAACAAGCAAGAAAUGCCUCGGCAAAAUCCAAGAACAAUAAUAAUAACAGGGAAAAUGAUGAGCAUGAUAACACCGAUUACUUUAAUAAAGCCAUAGUAAAUAGCAGAGAUACCAUGGGAAAUAUAUCAUCUUCGCCGGAUAAUUCUCAAGUGGGCGUGCGGAACACCACGGCAACGGAUGAGCCUUCUCUAAACAGCCUACCUUCAUCAUUUGAAUCGUGGUCACAAGUUCCGACAUUCACUAGUAAACAAUUGUUGGAUGUAGUAUUGAACCACAUCAGGACGCAGGAACAGUAUAAUGUUGUCUACGAGGAGAACAUGGAAAAGAUGCGCAAAGAGAGAGAUCAGGCGUUAGAAGAUCUGAGGAAAGCUCAAGAACAAAUAGCAUCGCUAAAGAGGGAUUUAGAACGGUCAUCGUUGAUGACUAACAUUUUGAACUCACAAAAGAGGUUGUUGGAAAUCGAGAAAGAACAACUGGAGGACAACAGUAAUCCCUUGAAGCGAAACAAAUCAAUCUUUUGA